GCCGUUUUCCACGGUUUGCGCCUGCGUAACUAGACGUGGCAGCCGCAUCAUGUGUACAUGGAAGCACCGCAGAAGUGGGAUGAGUGGACUCAAAAUGUACAUUUUCCUUCUACUGGUUGGGGGCGCUUCCGUGCUGCAGGCGGCGAAGGUGUCUCCCCUCAUCGAGACGGUCAGUGACCACAAAGACUUUAAAAAGCUCCUCAGGACCAGAACCAAUGUCCUCAUCCUGUACACCAAGUCAGACAUGUCUGGUGAGGGCCAUCUGAAGCUGCUAUCUGAGGUGGCCCAGGCGGUGAAGGGCCAGGGGACCAUUGCUUGGAUCAACUGUGGGGACUCAGAGGGCCGAAAGUUGUGCAAGAAAAUGAAGGUGGAUCCUUCCUCCAAGAGCAGCGGGAUGGAAAUGCUGCAUUAUAAGGACGGUGCCUUUCACACUGAAUACAGCCGGCCUGCGACCCUCAAGUCCAUGGUGGCUUUCCUGAAGGACCCAACCGGCGCCCCCCUGUGGGAGGAGAAUCCCGACGCCAAAGACGUCCUUCAUGUCAGCAGUGAGAAAGAUUUCAGGAAGCUGUUGAAGAAGGAGGAGCGGCCCAUUCUCAUGAUGUUCUAUGCUCCGUGGUGUGGUGUCUGCAAGCGCAUGCAGCCGAUUUUCCAACAAGCUGCCACUGAGGCCAAGGGUAAAUACGUGCUGGCCGGCAUGAAUGUGCACCCUGCCGACUUCGAUGGCCUUAAGCAGGAGUUUGACAUCAAGGGCUAUCCCACGUUCUGCUACUUUGAGAAGGGCAAGUUCCUGUACAACUACGAGAACUACGGGGCCACGGCCAAGGACAUCGUGGACUGGAUGAAGAGCCCCCUCCCUCCUCAGCCCAAAGCCCCCGAGGUGCCCUGGUCGGAAGCCGACUCCGCCAUCCACCACCUCACUGAGGACACCUUCGACAGCUUCCUAGAGGAGCACCCAUCCACGUUGGUCAUGUUCUACGCGCCGUGGUGCGGUCACUGUAAGAAGAUGAAGCCCGAGUAUGAAGACGCAGCUGAGGUCCUCAACAGGAACGAUGACAGCCCUGGCGUGCUGGCGGCCAUCGACACCACGGUCCACAAGAACAUCGGCGAGCGCUACAAGAUCUCCGGGUUCCCCACGGUGAAGUACUUUGAGGAUGGUGAGGAGAGGUACACACUUCCCCACCUGAGGACUAAGGACAAGAUCAUCGAGUGGCUUCACAACCCCCAGGCCCCUCCUCCCCCGGAGCCAUCAUGGGAGGACACGACCUCCAGUGUUAACCACCUAGGAGCGGAGGACUUCCGAGAGAUGCUGAAAAAGAAAAAACACACGCUCGUCAUGUUCUACGCCCCCUGGUGCCCUCACUGCAAGAACGCUGUGCCCCACUUCACAGCAGCAGCCGAGGGUUUUAAAGAGGACCGCAAGAUUGCCUACGCAGCAGUGGAUUGCACCAAGGGGCAGAACCAGGAGCUGUGCAAGCAGGAGGGUGUUGAGGGCUACCCCACCUUCAAUUACUAUAACUAUGGGAAAUUCAGUGAGAAAUACAGCGGAGAUAGAGGGGAGGCAGGUUUCUCUGGUUUCAUGCGAAGCCUGCGGGGACAUGACCAAGACAAGGUGACCAAGCGAAAGGAAGAGCUCUGAUGGGGGUGUGAUCACAAAGAGGGUGGGGCCUGACAUUGCACUGUCACACCGGCAAGCCCCACCCUCCCAAAGCACUGGAGCCAGACUUCACAACCUCACUUUUUUUAUACCGCUGUGCCAUUUGUGUGUUGUUUCUUGUCAUAUUACCACUUAAGAUCUAGUUCCAUUGUUAUUUUUAUUGUUUAUAAUCACAUUUUUUUCCAGAAUAAUGUCACUGCAGUUGGCCAAAAGUGUUAAACUAUGCAAUACUAGACCCUUCACUGGCUCCUCAUUGGCUAGGAGCACACCAGUGGGCGGUGACCAGUGAGAGAAGGUUUUCUUAUACUCGCGAAUCACCUCACCAACUGAAGGCCCCCUCCGUUAACUCCAGAGGGGAGUACAAAAUGUAAAUAAUUUUAUGUUCAGAUACUAAGAUAUUUUUGUAUGACAGGAUUCAUCCUAGAUCUUGAUUUCAGCAAAUUAACAAAGCAAAUCUAUAUUUCAAGAAUCUACACUGUGGCCUUAAAUGUAAGUGAAUGGGGUCUACUUCUGUUUUAGGGUGUGCAAAAACAUGUCUGGCAAUAUGAAUUUUUUAACAGGUCUAUAUCAAAAUAUUAAAUUGGUGGCAGUGAUUUAUAGCA